GGUGCUGCCAGCACUCUUUCAGCCCAGCCGGCCACAUCUGGCGUCUGCCCGCCCCUUGUUUCCGCUGCACCCAGACUUCCCCCCAGCGUGGCUGGAGGCUGCUGUGCGUUCAUCCAGGGCUUUAAAUAUACAAAGGGAUUGCCACGACCACCACCAGGCACCCGCGGUAACCGGGCUAGUAGGGACGCGGAACUCCGUUAUGAAUCCCUGAGCCCUGCAAAGCCAAGGCAGUUUAGCAAGGGGAUCUCGGAACGGCGCCGUGUGGAGCAGGAGGCUCCAGCCGGGCGGACCCCAGUACACAGCCAGCAACCUCAGGGUGACACGCAGAGCCCGGGAGCGCAACGAUGGAGGCAGGAAUGGCGUGGGGAGCGCUCACCGGCCCUCUGCGAGUUCUCUGCGUCCUGGGCUGCCUGCUGGGCCGAGCCAUCGCUGCGCCAUCGCCCAUCAUCAAGUUCCCUGGCGAUGUCGCCCCCAAAACAGACAAAGAGUUGGCAGUGCAAUACCUGAAUACUUUCUAUGGCUGCCCCAAGGAAAGUUGCAACCUCUUUGUGCUGAAGGACACCCUCAAGAAGAUGCAGAAGUUCUUUGGGCUGCCCCAGACAGGUGACCUGGACCAGAACACCAUCGAGACCAUGCGGAAGCCGCGCUGCGGCAACCCGGAUGUGGCCAACUACAACUUCUUUCCCCGAAAGCCCAAGUGGGACAAGAACCAGAUCACAUACAGGAUCAUUGGUUACACACCUGACCUGGAUCCUGAGACAGUGGAUGAUGCCUUUGCUCGGGCCUUACAAGUAUGGAGUGACGUAACUCCACUGCGCUUCACUCGUAUCCACGAUGGGGAAGCUGACAUCAUGAUCAACUUUGGCCGCUGGGAACAUGGAGAUGGAUACCCGUUUGAUGGCAAGGAUGGACUCCUGGCGCAUGCUUUCGCCCCCGGCACUGGGGUUGGUGGAGACUCUCACUUUGAUGAUGAUGAGCUGUGGACUCUGGGGGAAGGGCAAGUGGUCCGGGUCAAGUAUGGGAAUGCUGACGGCGAGUACUGCAAGUUCCCCUUCUUGUUUAAUGGCCGGGAAUACAACAGCUGCACUGACACUGGCCGCACCGACGGCUUCCUCUGGUGCUCCACCACCUACAACUUUGAGAAGGAUGGCAAGUACGGUUUCUGCCCCCAUGAAGCCUUGUUUACCAUGGGUGGCAAUGGAGAUGGACAGCCCUGCAAGUUCCCAUUCCGCUUCCAGGGCACUUCUUACAACAGCUGUACCACCGAGGGCCGCACAGACGGCUACCGUUGGUGUGGCACCACUGAGGACUAUGACCGAGAUAAGAAGUAUGGAUUCUGCCCAGAGACCGCUAUGUCUACUGUGGGUGGAAAUUCAGAAGGUGCCCCAUGCGUCUUCCCCUUCACCUUCCUGGGCAACAAAUAUGAUAGCUGCACUAGCGCCGGUCGCAAUGAUGGGAAGAUAUGGUGUGCCACCACGGCUACCUAUGAUGACGACCGGAAGUGGGGCUUCUGUCCCGACCAAGGAUACAGCCUAUUCCUCGUGGCAGCCCAUGAGUUCGGCCAUGCAAUGGGGCUGGAGCACUCACAGGACCCCGGAGCUCUGAUGGCGCCCAUCUACACCUACACCAAGAACUUCCGCUUAUCCCAGGAUGACAUCAAGGGGAUCCAGGAGCUCUAUGGGCCCUCCCCUGAUGCCGAUACUGACACUGGUACUGGCCCCACCCCUACGCUGGGACCUGUCACUCCCGAGAUCUGCAAACAGGACAUUGUCUUUGAUGGCAUUGCCCAAAUCCGUGGUGAGAUCUUCUUCUUCAAGGACCGGUUUAUUUGGCGGACAGUGACACCACGUGACAAGCCCUCGGGGCCCUUGCUGGUGGCCACCUUCUGGCCUGAGCUCCCAGAAAAGAUCGAUGCUGUGUACGAGGCCCCACAGGAAGAGAAAGCUGUGUUCUUUGCAGGGAAUGAGUACUGGGUCUAUUCUGCCAGCACUCUGGAGCGAGGGUAUCCCAAGCCACUGACCAGCCUGGGCCUGCCCGCUGAUGUCCAGCGAGUAGAUGCUGCCUUUAACUGGAGUAAGAACAAGAAGACAUACAUCUUCGCUGGAGACAAGUUCUGGAGAUACAAUGAAGUGAAGAAGAAAAUGGAUCCUGGUUUCCCUAAGCUCAUCGCAGAUUCCUGGAACGCCAUCCCCGAUAACCUGGAUGCGGUCGUGGACCUGCAGGGCGGUGGUCACAGCUACUUCUUCAAAGGUGCAUAUUACCUGAAGCUGGAGAACCAAAGUCUGAAGAGUAUGAAGUUUGGAAGCAUCAAAUCGGACUGGCUGGGCUGCUGAGCUGGUCCUCUUACCACAGGCCCUGCAAUCAACACUGCACACCAGGCCCAGAAUACUGGGGAAGGAUGUGAAGGGGCCUGGCUGCCCUGCCUUCAGCUCUAUAGUUAAUCAGCCUUCCCCCUCACCUGGUGACUGAAGAUUUAAGAGCGUGCCUUUUUUUUUUUGUGCCCAAAGAAAGGUGCUGAUUGUACCCCUCCCAGGUGCUUCUCCCCCCUCCCCCGCCCCCUAGGGGAUGCUUGGAUGUUCUCAAUGCAGCCCUCUUUUGGGCUGCCCUGGUGCUCCACACUUGAGGUUCUUCUCAUCUCUGAUACUUCUGUGGCUCACAGCACUGUCAGAGUCAACAGAGACUGUCUUAGGAGGGCACUGGUGGCCCAACAGCCGGCACAGGGCAGCUGGGAUGCAGGUGCGUCCAGGUGGAAGUCGGAGACCCCUGGUUUCUGACUGCCAGCCGUCCUCGUGUCUGCACUACAUUACGGUUUGCUCUGUGCGCGCUUCCUUCAUUUCCUUCAAGCUUUUCCAUUUCCCACCGUGCUGCAUUUCCUGACGCAAGGACUCAGGUCGUCUGACAUCACUGCACGGUGCCUCUCAGCCCGCAUACCAAUGGCUUCCUUGUGUGCUCUAGAGCAUCCUCAAUCUCUUCCUCCACUGGAUGGAGGAAAACCAAACCAGUGGCUUCCUGCUCAGCCUUCUCGCUUCUCCCUUUAACAGUUCCCCAUGGGAAACGGCCAAGAAGGAUAAAUAAAGACACCAGUUGAGUGACA